UCUCAUAUACUGGCGCACGCCGAAAGAAAGAUAUCUUCUAACAAUCAACCAAAGUUACUCAUUCUUUUAACAUGAAAUUGUAUUGGUAAUAAAUUAAUACAUUAUAAAUAAGCCACCCAUCUCAACCUUUGAACUCCAAACUACAUAAACCUUAUUUUCUGGUCAAAAGAACCGAACCAUGGCUGCCCUUACCGACAGCAUCUUGUUCUACAGCAUAAGCUGCUUAGUGUUGUUGCUCGUCUGCACUGUGCUUUUCAUUUUCAAGUCCUUUAGCAUACAACUUGUGAAUUCUGGGAGCAAACAUCGUACCCCACCGAGCCCACCGGCUCUACCUAUCAUUGGCCACCUUCACCUUGUUGGCUCAGUCAUUCCCAAGUGUUUCCAGAGCCUGGCUCGCCUUUAUGGCCCUCUCAUGCGGCUUCGUUUAGGUGCGUCCACAACCUUAAUUGUGUCCAACGCUCAAGUUGCUGGCGAAGUUUUCAAAACCCAUGAACUCAACUUUUGUUAUCGCCCAGAGUUUGGAUCCUCUGAUUAUUGCCCCUACAAAGGCUCUUAUUUCCUCACUGCCCCUUACGGUCCGUACUGGCGUUUCAUGAAGAAACUAUGCGUCACCCAACUCCUCUCAACCUCCCAGAUCGGUCGCCUCACUUAUGUCCGAGACCAGGAGAUCAAGCGCCUUUUGGAUUCUCUUCUGCAGUUUUCUAGUGAAGCUAAGGCUUGUGAUUUGAGCUUAAAGUUCACUACUUUGACCAACAAUAUCUUAUGUCGGAUGGCUAUGAGCACCACUUGCGAUGCCGAGCAGAUUCAUGGGCUGGUUCGUGAGUGCUUGGAGUUAGGAUCUAAGCUAAGCUUAGGUGAAGUUUUGGGACCUCUUGCAAAGUUGGACUUAUUUGGGUACGGGAAAAAGGUGGCAAAAGUUAAGGGUGAGUUCGAUCAAAUACUGGAGAUGAUCAUGAAAGAUCAUGAGGAGAAACUUAGUCAGAUGUGUUCUGAAGCAGAAGAGAGGAGAGACAUGAUGGACAUAUUAUUACAAGUUUAUAGAGAUCCAAAUGCUGAAGUGAAGCUAAAAAGAAACGACCUUAAGGUUUUCUUUCUUGAAAUACUCCUAGCAGGCACAGACAACUCAGUGGCGUUGCAGUGGGCAAUGGCAGAGAUCAUAAACCACCCAAGAGUAUUGGAUAAGCUAAGGGAAGAGAUGGAUUCAAUAGUAGGGACAAGAAGAUCAGUCAAAGAGAGCGAUGUUCCAAAUCUGCCUUACCUGCAAGCAGUUGUGAAGGAGGUUCUGAGACUCCACCCAUCAGCUCCUUUUGCUCUCAGGCAAUGCGCAGAAGACUGCAACAUCAACGGCUAUCUCAAGGGACAAACCAGGACCCUCGUCAACGUCUACGCUAUCAUGAGGGACCCACAAGUGUGGGCCAACCCUGAGGAGUUCAUACCAGAGAGGUUCUUGGGUGGAUCUCAGAGUCUGAUGGAAAUGAAGGGUCAAGAUCUCAGAUACGUUCCAUUUGGGAGCGGAAGAAGGGGAUGCCCUGGGGCAUCCCUUGCUGUGACUGUGAUUCAAUCCACCAUUGCUGCAUUGAUUCAAUGCUUUGAUUGGAAAGUGGAAGGUGGAAACAAAGUUGAUACGGCAGAAGGGUCAGGAUUCUCUGUGGGAUUAGCCAAACCACUUGUUUGCUACCCUAUCCAUCGUCUUGAUCUAUUUUCGGUUUAGUAUUCGUAAACAAUAAGAUUGAAGGGUUCUGCUUCCUUACGGUUUGUCUUUUGUAUCUUAACUGUAAUUAAAGAAAGAAAUAAAGUUGUUUCUAUGCA